UCCCAAUUUCAACUUCCUUUGGGUCGAUACUUCAAUUCCUUCCCGAUCGAUUUCUAGUUAGACCGCCAUUACCAGAUCCUCUUUCUUCCAUCUCCGCCGUCCGACCUUGUUUUUCUCCUCAAGUUGUCAACAAUGGCAACCUCUACGCUAUCGUCGACAUCAGCAGCAUCAAAGAGUUGGAUCAGAAAUCUUUCUUCAAUUGCAUCUCGCAUCUAUUUCUUCCUUAUCAUACUUCAGAUCCCUCUCUUCAGGAUCCCAUGCAGAUCUGGCAUGUGUACAACCCCUUUGCACGUAACUUCAUCCCAGUUGAUUGCAAGUGAAGUCUUUCCAGCACCUGUAGUUAAGGCACUUCUCUAUCCUGGAGCAAUUGUGAAUGGCCUUGUCAUGAACUUAACAGUUCCUAGCUGGAAUAAUUUGUUCGACAUCUAUAAUUUGACUAACAUUAAGGAAGCCUCUGCUGUGACUGAUCUUCAACGUUUAGAGGUUCUUGCGGGAAGCUAUUUCUCGGUGGCUGGAGCAUUUGUUGGUCUUUUGAAGCCCGGGAGGAUGAGUAUGUUUGGAACUCUGUUGGUAAUUUGGGGUCUUGUUAAGGAAGGAAUCCUGGGAAAACCUGUGAACACAGAUCCUGCCAAAGCUGUUUAUGUUUAUCCUACAAUGAUUCUUGCGGUGAUCUGUGCUUUCUCAUCGGUUAAGUAUGAUGUGAAGAAGGUUGUUAGAGGUGCACCUGCUCGGCCAAUUGCAAAGCCACUUCAAAGCUCAUCAAAAUCUAAGCUUAAGUGAGUCCAAUUGUAAUUUCCUUAGCUUCUAUGGGUUUUGUUUGAUUCCUCACUCCUGACCACUUCAAAACAUCAUUUAUGCAUAUCCCAAUAUUCAUUUUGUGGAUCUAUUAGUUGUGCUGUGAAUGUAAUAUACAACUUUCUUCUGAGAUACUCUUUCCAGCACUAUUUCACUCUUUCAGCUUCAAUUGGUAGAACUGCAUCUAUUUGGUUCAAUUAUAGACAUCAGAAAGAGAGAUGCCCCUCAUUUCUCGUUCCUUCUUCUCUACAA